CGAAUGCAUAUGCUUUUUUCAUCCGUUUUCAUCAGUCUCUGUGUGACCUUUCUGUGACCUUUCUAUGACCUUUGCAGAGGAGGUGUUUGCGGCGGACUCUGUGGACGGUGCCAUCCAACAGAUGGUCAGCUCCGGAGGUCAGCAGGUCAUGACCAUAGUAACCAACGGUAUCCAGCUCAGCAACCCGCAGACGGCCAGCGGCCUCGGCCAGUCAAUCUUACUGACCAUGCCGGACGGACAGCAAGACAUGGCAGAUGAGAAGGUCGCAAAUGAUGAACCAGCAGGAAAACGUCGACACAUCCAGAUCAUCGAGAGUCGCGCUGAGACCCAGGAAGUAGAGGAGAAGGAGUCGCUCCAGACGUGGCCAGAUGAGACCCUGUUUACCUGACCAGGAGAAGGAGUCGCUCCAGAAGUGGCUAGAUGAGACCCUGUUUACCUGACCAGGAGAAGGAGUCGCUCCAGAAGUGGCUAGAUGAGACCCUGUUUACCUGACCAGGAGAAGGAGUCGCUCCAGAAGUGGCUAGAUGAGACCCUGUUUACCUGACCAGGAGAAGGAGUCGCUCCAGAAGUGGCUAGAUGAGACCCUGUUUACCUGACCAGGAGAAGGAGUCGCUCCAGACGCGGCCAGAUGAGACCCUGUUUACCUGACCAGGAGAAGGAGUCGCUCCAGAAGUGGCUAGAUGAGACCCUGUUUACCUGACCAGGAGAAGGAGUCGCUCCAGAAGUGGCUAGAUGAGACCCUGUUUACCUGACCAGGAGAAGGAGACGCUCCAGACGCGGCCAGAUGAGACCCUGUUUACCUGACCAGGAGAAGGAGUCGCUCCAGAAGUGGCUAGAUGAGACCCUGUUUACCUAACCAGGAGAAGGAGUUGCUCCAGAAGUGGCUAGAUGAGACCCUGUUUACCUGACCAGGAGAAGGAGUCGCUCCAGAAGUGGCUAGAUGAGACCCUGUUUACCUGACCAGGAGAAGGAGUCGCUCCAGACGCAGCUCCGUAUGGAUCGAUUGAACCCAACACUCUCACACAGUGGCAUGGUGUGUCAGUGUUCAGCAUGUUGGACAAACAUGCUCUUUCACAGAUUGAGGCCCCAGCAGGGAUACGGGUGAUGAUCUUGAAAAGCUUUUAAGACUAUUGUGGGUUUACAACUUUCAUAAACACUUCACUUCUUACCAAUGUUACACUUGUAAACCAUUCUGAUGUGGUGGUAAAGUCUGUUACUGUCUGUGUUUUACACUGUUUAGUUUCUUCUUGUUUUAAUGUUCGCAAUUAUUGUUUAUUUGAGGUUCGCCAUGUAUUUCCAGCUCAGAAUGACCUUGCAUUAUCUUGAUGACUUCUGUGUUGAAUCAGAACAAUGGCUCUUUUAGCAUGGAAUAUGUGCUCACAAAAGGUGAUGGCGUGGGGAUUUUUGUUGCGUGGCUAUCAUGCUAUUGUAAACAUGAUCAAUGUGAGCUCUGCCCUGAGUCCCUCGCCCACAGACAGACACACAUUGGGAGAAGAGAGGCGGGGCAUUCCACCAAUUAGGUGCCCUUUGAGAUGUGUAACUAUUGAUUUCACCUCAUUUUAACAUUCUGUCAAAAAUAAUGUUAAACUGAAUAAAAAACAAAGUCUCCCAUCUCAAGUGGUUAAGUAAAAAAAUAAGUAAAAAAUGACUACAGCCUAUUAAGUGGCAAAUAAAGUAACAGGGUUGACCGUAACAGGGUUGACCGUAACAGGGUUGACCGUAACAUGGUUGACCGUAACGUGGUUGACUGUAACAUGGUUGACUGUAACAGGGUUGACUGUAACAUGGUUGACCACAACAUGGUUGACUGUAACAUGGUUGACCGUAACAGGGUUGACCGUAUCAGGGUUGACCGCAACAAGUUUGACUGUAACAGGGUUGACCGUAACCGAGUUGAACAUUUAAUCCUUUUGACAGGGAAAUGGAAGCUUGUUGUGUGCAACAGGGAGGGGCAUUUGAAUGCAAGCAAAAAAAAAAAGACAAUU